GGCUGUGCGACGGCAACAAGGUGCACAUCCUGGCGGCGCCGCUGCUGCAGUACAUGAAGGCGCUGCUCGCCAGCGCCGACCUGCGCGCGCACCGCAGCCUGGCCACACAGUUAAUGCAGAAUGGCAGAGAACUUCUGUCAGUCUUAUCCCAAGAAUUAGAUGAGCUGUCUAUAUCCAUCCGUCUCCGACUUCUCUCUCCGCCUCCCAGCAGUAUCAUCUGGCUCCUGCUGUCUGCAGACCUCUGUCUCAACAAGUUCCUCCCACUGCCCAACACGCUACAACAGUUCUACGCUGCACACCUAGACCUAGCCUCUGAAGAUAACUACAGCGAAGUUAGCUAUGGAUCGUGGAAGAAAAGCCCAGAAAAAGAGGAGUAUAACCGAGCUGAUGUCAGCUCAGACUUAAGCGACAAAGUCUCUCAAAACAUCUCUCAAAUAAGCCUCGACGGAGACGGAGAAAUGAAACCCAAGCUUAGACCUAUAUUAGGGGCUGGUGCCGGACUAUUAAGACAAGAACAAGCUUUAUCCGUCAGCCAAGAUAACUUCGAUACGUGGACUAGCAAAAACAGUCUUACCAAGAGAUAUGAUUUGAACUCUUGGCGGCAAGCGGAAGAGGAAAAGAAAGAGGAAGAACCUGUGUUCAACCCUACCGUUCUACCCCCGAAUCUACAGCAGAACUAUCCAGUUACUGUCCCAGAUUACCCGCCUCCAAAUGUACCAAAUGUAAACAGAUUCAAUAACUACAUGCAAGAGAAUUAUCCUAAUUACUUACAACAAGGCGACGGAGCAUACAUACAAAACUCGUACACCGGGAACACCAAUUUCAAUUCUCAAGGAGACGGUUUCGUUCAGCAGUUCCCCAACGACCGACCAGCGCCGGAAAGAGUCAAUAAUGAAGUCCAAAAAAGCGCCAGACGGCCUGUAGAAAACUGGAGGAAGGAAAAGCCGGAAAUUGAAGAUCCUAACAGAAAUAGACCGAGGAAUUGGACUCGACAGCGCUCUAAAGAUAACAUAAAUGAUGAAAAGGAACCUGAGAAAGAGGAGAGAUACCGGUCAAACUCUAGAAAUUCUCGAGAAAAAGUCCCCGGUAGAUUCCGGCGCAACAGCACGGAGAACCCUGAUGGAGUAGUGAGCGGAACUGGCAAGACUCCUCCGAGAAGACAUGUCUCCGAUGUCCCCAGGAGUCAGAAAUAUUGGGACCACGAUGAUAGAUGUGACAAGGACUAUAGCAGUUAGUGAUUGACUUUAAAUAUAAAAUAAUUCUAGUAAAAUUUUAAGUGACUGUGAAAUUCAUGUGGAUUUUGUGGUAGCGAAGAUUUCUGAUGUUUCCUACGAAAGCAAUAUGUGACUACAAAUAAUAUAAUCAAGUUAUUUCCAUAAAUCAGGGAGGAAUAAAUUAAUAAAGAGUGAUAACCUCAAUACCAAGGCUCGGUAACCGGUUAAAUUUCCAAACCGUUAUCAUGUACUUGAUGCAAAAUCUUUUAAUUUCGGUUUCGUUUGUAAAAUCGGUUUUUAGGAGAACUUUUCCAUAAUGUUCUUGUGAGAUUAACCGGUUUAGAACAUUAAAAACCGGUUUCUUCCUAUGUCGGUGUCUUUAUAUACGCGGCACACUACCAGGUCGGCCGUCUCGUCGCUCGUCGAAUAACCGGUUUAUUUAGGUUCCAAUAAAGUUGCUUAAACGUUCGCGGUCUUAUGAAAGUUCGGGGUAAAACCGAAAUAAACCGGUAUGUACCGCAAUUUUUAUAACCGGUUCAGAGCCUUGUUCAACACAAAAAGCAGAAACGAGAAAGCUCUGAAACAAGGGGAUUUGGUUUAUUAAAAUUAUAUGGCGUUGUCACGUUAUAUUUAUAACAAUUUUAUUAUUUUCUCCUCCUUGAUCAUUGAUCACAAAAAUUCGGAGAUUUGAUUUUUGUGUUGUCACUUUCUUGAACACAAUACAUUGUUGUUCACAUCUGUAGUGCUGCUAUUUUUGCAAUGGGUGUACUUCUUUUACACACGUAAAAAAAGAAAAAGAUGGAUGCCUCAGAAACAGAAUAGUGGCAACUUUGCCCAUAUAUAAAUCAAUAAAGUUUCAACUUUGCCCACGACAAAAUAAAAGUGGCGCCAAGUCUCUUAAAUUCUGUUCUCAGUUUCAAUUUGCUGCCAUCCCACAUAUCGUGGUGAUCCUUAUACAAAUGUAAUCUUCAAAUAUGUAUAAAAAAAGCGAAAAGUUAUCUUGAUGAUGGGUUUAAAUUGAUCACGUUGGUAAGGUAGAUAAAUGAAGUUAAUAAAAUGGUUGCUAAAAUAUUAAUUUUGAUUAACAAACAACGGAUUUAAAGUGUAAGUCCAAAAGUAGCAUCAUAGUCUUAAUAAAUAUUUAGGUUAAAACAAGGUAACCUUCGUGUAAGUCAAUUGGGCUGUUACUGAUUUUGACUAGGACUAUCCUAUCAAAUCAAUAUGAUAACAUUCAAUCUGAAUUCUUGCCCUAACCAUAAAAAUAAACUCAUCAAUUUUCAUAAGUAUUUCAUUUUUUUUUAUCACAAGAUAUUUUCAAAUCUACAUCCCGGGACCUUUGUCCCUUUUUAUUAUUUGCUCAAUUCUCUACAGUACCUUAAUUCAUGACAAAAGUAGAAAUAUUCCAAUAGAUACAGGAUUUAGAUAUUUAUGAUAUAAUUCACGUUUUUGUACCAUCAAAUCUGUUUACUUAUGCCCUUUAAUUUUUUUGUGCAAAAAGUAUGCAAAAUUUUGGCAAAGUCAACAACUUGAUGGUAACAAAAUUGCAGAUUAUGUCUGUAAAUUUUAAUAUAGUUAUAAUUUUAAAAUAAAUGAGGGUUAAUUUAAUAUAGAAAUGAAUACACUAGACACUCCAAUAGUUAAACUCUAAAACGAAUACACAUAUUCUAAAUUCGUGUUGUAUUUCAUAAACAGUGCUCAUAUUAUUUCCAUUCUAACAUUAAUGAAAUGCAUAAUAUUAAAUUAAUUUGUGUAAUUAGUUCAUAAUCUAGAGGUUUAUUUAAAUGAUAGUUAUAGUUUUUAUAUGUAAGUUAGUCUGGUGCAUUUAUAACAAACUAGAAACAAGAAAUGGGUUGUCUAUCGCAGAAUAAUGACAAUCAAAAUACUUUGAAUAAAAUGCUCAGUUUGCAUAAUGUAAUAAUUAAUCAAAACUAAACGUAGGGCAAAUUAUGAUAAUGUAUAUUCCAUCCCUAGCGAUUUCUAAGCUAGGCACAUAUUUGCCUUAAAACUCAAGUAAUAAAUAAAUGGAAUUAGGUGUGAAAUCCUGAAGUACUUAGUGUUAGUUAAGAAUUUAGGAAGUAUUGCAUGGGCAACCCAAAAUAGGCUCCUAAAUUACAUAGGAUAAAUAAGACUAAAGAGCCUAGAGCUACAGGUUUAAACUUGGCAAAAACUCGUAAUACCUACUAGGAAUUAAAUUUUAUUGGAUAAAAUACCAAUACAAUCCAAGUAGAACUUUUAAGGGCUUGCAAUUUCGCCCAACUUUAUAUAACUUUGCCCACAUAGUUAAAUGGUCCUAGAACGUCAUUUUUGAGCAAACAUUAUUUAAUGAUUUUCUCAAUAAUUUCAUUUCAUUUAUUUCAGUUUUAGGCAAUGUUCGUUUUGGCCACCAGAGCAGGUUACUAUGAGGUCCAUAUUUAAUUGUUAACCCAUCAUCAUUGUUCCCCUAAUUUACGUUAUUGUUUCUACGGAAAUUGCAAUAUUUAAGUAGUUGUAGUAGUGGAGUUUUUGCCAAAGAACAUUAAAUGAUUAGUACCUGUAUAGUAAAUACUGCACAAUCUUGUUUCAGUACACAAACACUAGAGUAAUCUAUACGCUUAGAAUAAUUGACGAAUAGGAUUUCUUCACAGUGGGUUACAUUAUUGCGAGAGUGAACCAACUGGACAGAUUUUAGGGAAAAGCAUUUUGUACAGUGACAAUCAGAUAUUGGUCGAGGUUUCUUGUCAAUGAGUGCAAGUUCAGAUAUUAAUUAGUGCAUUGGACGAUUGGAUAUUUGAUGGCUACUGUGCAAAGACAGUGCAAUAGCUACGGAAUAAGUAUCGAGAUCAUUUAUUUGAAACGCGUGAAAGUGAUAGCAUACACUGGACUGAGAAUAAUUAUAGAUAUAUUAUUAAGACACAAAUAAUAUUUCAAAAGUAUGUAUGAUACCGAACAUAAUGGGUAUUUAAUACUAUGCAAAAAUAUUGCAUGAUAUUGAUAUUCGACGAUUGCAUAAUAUUGAUUUUUAGAUUGAAAUUUGGGCCACAACUCAAGCUUCGAUCUUGUAGCAUUCGAUUAUGUUGUGGUCUUACCAGAAAGAUACUUUUCGACACUUACUGGCGCAACGAACUACUUUUGGAUAGAGAAAACUACAAGUAAUUAAAAAAAUCCAGUGUAUGCAUUGCCUUUGAAGAAUUUAGAGUAACAUUCAGUUUGGUUUCGCCAAAGUAGUCAGAGAUGUAGAUUUCUUUUAAUACUUAGGAAUUAAUUAUGAGUACGAGAUAGUGCUAAGGUAACGUAAGGGUGCUGUGCCUAACAGCGAUCUUGGACUUACUGUACUUUAUGAUUCUUCAAAUCAGUUUUUCGAAAUUCUCUGCUCGAUUAUUGCAAGAGCGAUAGAGACGAAAAAUAAUUGUGCGGUUACAAUCCAAGCUUCUACAUAUUUCAUUAAUAUGAUAAUUGUCACCAUACACUGACUAUUGUAAAAUCGUAAAAACCUUGAGUCAAGGUCCUUGACCUAGAAAUGUAUGGAAAAUUAGCAGUUAGUUGGUAAUUGUCAGAUGAUAUUAGGGGCGAAACGGGGUAUGUGGGUCGCGUAUGAGAAACAUCACUUUUACCCUAACUGACAAUGUUAAUUGUGUAUUCUAUUUUAUAAAUAUCGGAAAAUGUAUGUCAUGUUUAGAAUGACUAGGACGUGUGAGCGAACUUAAAAUAUAUUUUAAUGGGAUAAAAGCGCAAAAUUGCUCGCGGCAUUGCGAUAAUGUAAGGUAAGCUUGGAUACGACGCGUAGAUUUUGUAAGAAUUGCUAUAAAAUAUUAGAAUUAUAAAGUUUCUUAGAAUGCUCGGGAACGAUUUGUAUAAAUUUUGGGUUUCACAAUGGAAACAACAGUCGCGCAUUAACAUAUAUCUAAGGACGGGCCUUACGGGCACUAAGAAUGGGGCCAGUACAGCGGUGUCACGCACACGAAUUCGAGCUAACAUGCAGUCUAACGCCACAACGCGAUUGGUUGAUGAUUUCGCAACACGCGUGUUAGACUGCACGAUUGGCUCGAAUUCGUGAGUGACACCACUGAACUAGCACCAUUCUUAGUGCCCGUAAGGUCCGUCCUUAGAUUUAUGUCAAUGCAGUUGCGUCACUGAUUCUGUAUAAAAAUAUUAAUGAAUAUUGUAUUGUAUGUAAAAUAUCUGUUAUCAAAAGAGCGAAACAACAUGACUCAAAUAUGUUUUCGCUGUUAACAAUAUUCUUUAAAUAUUUUAUAUGUUACGGGCAUAAUUUAUUUAAUUGAAAUCUUGUGUAAAAAGUAACCAUGUUUGUAUAUUUUCAAUGGAAUUGUAGAACAAUUGGUUAUGAGUUUAGUUUAAAUAAAACAACUUACGUUAGUAUGAUUAAUUUUAUUUCUAAUUACAUAGAAAUGGCGGCGGCUGCUGCAUACAGAAAUUAUGUAAUCUCGAAUAAAUUGAAAUUUAAUUUC